UUAUUUUGGUGACACACCAGAAGUAGGGAGAUUGUGUCGGUCAUUACCAGUGAUGUUUCUGAAGUUCGGUACUUCAUGUUGCUGUCUGACUUUUUACCGUGGAACAUUCUAGACUUUCACCGGACUUAGCUUAUCUCCCCGUAGAAGACAUCAGAUAACUAGUUAAAGUUAUCCUCGGUAAGGAAACUGGCUGGUACCAACUACCGGCAGCUAUAACAAAGAGGACGCGUGUAUCCGGUCCAGCACCGGGAGCCGAAGACCCGCACCGUAAGGCCGUCUCAUCCACUCACUGUCAACCACCGGUCCAGUCCACCGGCUGUUAGCUGCAGCACCCGACAAUCCAAUGGCCCCGGCGUGCUCCUCUUACUGUUAGCUAGCUGCACUUACUCCGACAACAUGGGAGACGAUAACGAAGUUAAUGGGGACCUGAACGCCAACUCGAUGAGCCAGAGCACCGGUGAUCCGCAGCUGGACAAGGCGGUCCGCCAAUGGUUAAAGUGGGACAAGAACUGCUGUACUCGGGCUCAGGUGGAGUCUCUGGUGGCAGCGGGUCAGGUCAACGACCUGAGGUCAAGACUUAGCAGCAGGAUGAAAUUUGGCACAGCUGGACUCAGAGCACCUAUGGGAGCCGGCUUCAACCGGAUCAAUGACCUCACCAUCAUCCAGUCCACACAGGGUCUGUGUUCAUACCUGUCCAGGUGCUUUGCCGACCUCAGCAGUCGAGGAGUGGUCGUUGGUUUUGACACCAGGGGACAGGAGAGCAGUGGCUGCAGCAGUCAGAGGUUGGCUAAGUUGACGGCUGCGGUGAUCCUCAACCGAGACAUCCCCGUCCAUCUCUUCUCCACAUUUGUCCCCACACCAUUUGUGCCGUACGCAGUGAAGAAGCUUGGUGCAGCAGCUGGAGUUAUGAUCACAGCAUCUCAUAAUCCUAAAGAAGACAACGGCUAUAAGGUGUACUGGUGUAAUGGCGCUCAGAUCUCCUCGCCUCAUGACAAGGAGAUCCUGCGGAGCAUCGAGGAGCACCUGGAGCCCUGGAGCGCCUCCUGUUGGGAUUUGGAGCUGGUAGAGCGCUGCUCUAUGAGGACUGACCCCCUGACCCUGAUCAACAGCUCUUACAUGGAUGAGCUUGCCUCCCUCUGCUUCCACAGAGAUCUGAACAGCUGCUGUCCACUGAAGUUUGUUCACUCGUCGUUCCAUGGUGUCGGGCACGAUUUCAUCCAGCAGGCCUUUCAGACAUUCGGCUUUGCUCCACCAAUCCCCGUCCCUGAGCAGAAAGACCCUGAUCCUAAUUUCCCAACUGUCCGCUGUCCAAACCCAGAAGAGGGAGAGUCUGUGCUGGAACUUUCUCUUCUCUUGGCAGAGAAAGAAAAUGCUCGCAUUGUUCUGGCCACAGAUCCUGAUGCUGACCGUCUGGCUGUAGCAGAGAAGUCUGAUGGGUGCAGUUGGAAGGUGUUCACAGGUAAUGAGCUGGCAGCUCUGCUCGGGUGGUGGAUGUUCUUUAACUGGAAGGAGAACCAUCCAGAUCCAGCAGACUCUCAGAGGGUCUACAUGUUGGCCACCACGGUUUCCUCAAAGAUUCUGCAGGCCUUUGCUCUCAUCGAGGGGUUCCACUUCGAGGAAACACUUCCAGGGUUUAAAUAUAUCGGCAACAGGAUUCAUGAACUCGUCAAAACAGGAAACACAGUCAUCUUUUCCUUUGAGGAGUCAAUUGGUUUCCUGUGCGGUGGUAUGGCCCCAGAUAAAGACGGCAUCAGUACGGCGGUGGUUGUGGCUGAAAUGGCGGCCUACCUCCACAACCGCAGCCUUAGUCUGACGAAGCAGCUCGACAAUAUUUACCAGACGUAUGGUUACCAUUUGUCUAAAACUUCUUACGUCAUCUGUAAGGACCCGCCCACCAUCCAGAAGAUCUUCAACCGGAUCAGGAACUUUGAUGGUGAGGGGUCAUACCCAAAGACAUGCGGCGGCGUCCAGAUUGUCCAUGUGCGAGACAUAACCACUGGAUAUGACAGCAGCAAGGCUGACCUCAGAUCUGUGUUCCCGGUGUCUAGGAGCAGUCACAUGAUCACCUUCACGCUGCAGAAUGGCAUUGUGGCCACGCUGAGGACCAGUGGCACCGAACCCAAGAUCAAAUACUAUUCUGAGUUCUGUGCUGCACCUGGAAAACGUGACGUGUCCAGUCUGGAGGAGGAGCUCAAGAAAGUGACGGACGCUCUGCUUGACGACUUCCUGGAACCAGAGAAAAACAACCUAACUCGCUGCUUUGUCUAAACCCUGCCUAUGCGUAGCUGGUCUGUCCUGUAAUGUCAUAUCCUGUUGUGUUUGUAGACAAAUCAGAGUAGCAGCUUCUCCUCUCUGUGGUGUCGGUAACAUUCAUGAUGGACUGAAGAACUAAGCAUGGGCAAAUAACAGAUGUUGUGACAGAAGUGCCUGAAGGAAAGUUAAACUGCUUAAACUUGAUGUCACCUUCUGUGGCGGCUAUGUAUGGAAGAACAAGGAGAACAAGGGGAAACAAGGAAAAACAGAAUUCAGACACUUCAAAAGGUUCACAUUGUAACAUCUAUGUCAAGUGAUAUGAUAUCUGAAGUAGAUUUAAUGUUAACUGUUUUUCCUUUACGAAAACUGAAGUUUUCGUGAUCUCUUCACUUUCCUACACCAAAUUCCACAGAGAAAAUACAUGGUUUUAGCAGGUCUACUGUUGCCUUGUUUGGUGAAUUUAUGUCAGGUGCGAGGUUAAUCCAAGUUAAGGAUUUCAAAAACCAAAGUUUCAAAAUAAUACAUUUGACCUUACUGAUGGAGGCAAUAGUGGACCAACAACAAAGUGGCUAAAAUCAUUUUUUUCCCUAUGUCUCACGCUGGUUUUAGUUACAGUUAACGCUCACAGUGUGUCAGUACCUCAUACAACUACAAUAAAAUAAAAAAAAAUAAAACAAUUGCUACUAUCCCUUUAAUUCAACAAAUUGAUUUUUCCAGUAGUUGAUCCUGUGGAGAUGUUUAUUUUGAUUUCGUGUUUGUUGUCCUCACUUGAAAAUAAAAUGCUGAAACUUAUCUUUAAACAAUUUCAAACUAAUGACAGAUUUUAUUUUUCUGUCCGAGUCAUGUUUACAUCAACCUUUUUCUGGCCUCUCACGAGAUGAUGAUUCUUCACUACUUGAAGCAUCUACCCUAAAGUUCUCAUUAAAACGUGUAUGUUCCUCCGUACAUGGCGUUAAAGGGGUGUUUCCAAAUAGAUGUGAUUUAUUUUUGAUAAUUAUGUUGCACAGACGACGAGCUGCUGGUAAUGAUUUCAGACAAUAGUUUUGUGAUGUUGGCGCUAUGCACGCACACAUGCACACACACACACUCCGUUACUUUUGUGAAAGUGGCUGAAAAAGCUCUGCGGCGUUUACACUGCUGUUACCAUGGUUACCCUUUGAUGAUGUAAUCGAUAUAUAUACAGGUGAUAUAAACAGACCAGAGGACUGCUCAAAAGUAAAAAUAAACCAAAGUGAAACUUUGAAACGUGUUUGUAUGUUUUUCAAAGUGUUUAAUGAUUGUUCUCUUCAGUUUCACAACAUUUGGCAGUCAAUUUCAUCUUUAUCAACAAAAGCGGACAAAGUCUGUCAGUUUGACUAGGCUUUAUUGACAUGAAUGUCACUUUGAUGCUUCAGGUCUGUACAGUUCAUGCAUGAAUUUAAAAAGGAAUAUUUAAUGCAUGACAACAAGAUUGAUUUACUUGAUUACUUGAUUUCAAACAUUUCCAUUAAACUUAAUGGGCAAUGAAAAAUAAACUA